UCCAUCCACGGUACAAAGAUACAUCGUACCUAAGCCGCGAGUGCAACCAACCCCCACUUCCAAAGCCCCAUACAGCCCAAUAUCACCUGCGCAUAUAGCCAACAUUGGUGCAUUCGAUGCAUCCGAGUCAAGUCUACAUAAAUACCUACAUACCCUUUCAACUCGUGCAUGUGCGCUCAUUCACCAUCUUGUUCUGCAUCUUUCUAGGCGCAUGCACAACACCUCCUCGUCCAUGUAUCCCCCUUGAACCUUGGUAGCCCAAACACGUGUUGACGCGUCGUCGCGUGCGUGCGUGGGGCAUGGCUUUGCAUCUUCCCGCCCACACCACCUCCACUCCCGCCUUCCACCACCGCCCUUGGCUGCACGAGAUCCUCGCAACCCAUCUGCAUAUGGGGAGGACUUGGCUGCAAGCACAGGCAUUCAGCAAGGAAACACGCCCCAACCCCAACCCAAAUCGAGAGUGGGCUGGCAUCUACGAGGAUAACGGCAGUUGCUUGGAUAUCUUCGUUUCAGAACAGCAAAACACUCACCGACAGGUACUCCAGGUCAUCCGCGAGAAUCCCCUCACUCUGAGCGACGGCGAGGCAUCUGUUCGAGCUUCUCCGGACCCGGACAAGCACCCGGCUUCGUUGUUCGCCCUAGGUCAUUACAUCGCCCUGCACACGUACACCCUGCAACAAACUAGUUACGGCCCUCGACGCGACAAGAUCCUCAUAGUGCCCGACACUGUUACCUACCUCGGGAAAGCGGAUUUGGGUGAUUGCUCAACCAUUGAACCCAUUACCAAAUGCGAAGAGGUCGCCUCUGCUCUCCGAGGGCUACACGAGACGAGAAUUGCUUUGGAUCGCCAAUGCUUCUUCGCCUCCAAAAAACCAGCCAACAUCAUCAUGACUCCCCCACAACCCAAUGAGGGUCGUGCCGGUCAGACCCAAAACACACAAGUACCCUUUGGCACUCAAAUGCCUCCUCCCUCCCGGACCGACCAGGAAGACGUCGUACAUCUAGGGACACGGAGGCUGGAGCCUGUGUUGGCAGGUACUACACGCAGGGAGGAACUCCAAUCGGGUGUUUCGCAGACAAAGGCCAAGCUAUUAAGCAUGCUGCAACAAGCUGCUUCGAGACAUGAAGGCCCAAAAGUUGGCAAACAUCAUCUACCAUCCAAGGAGGCAGCCCCAGACUCAGCUGAAGCAAGGAAUGAGAUGAUGGACGUGGAUCCUGCCCCGACGCAACGCGAAAGUUUCAUUUUGGCUGAUUCAAGCAUUGAGCAAAUUGCCGAUGGCUCCGUCUUGACUUCAUCCAACGAGGACGAACUUGAUAACUCGGUUCCUACCUGGUUGCUACCCGGAUCCCGCCCCGUUUGCGGCUCAGCAAAGGCUCACGCUAGGCAACAGGAAAUACUGAUGCGUCCUGAGAGCUGGCAUAAACCUGGCGGACGAUUCAAGUUUCCCGAUGCCAACAUUCCAAUUGAGAUAUCAGCGGCUUUGAUGGUGAAACUCCGGUCCAGUGAAGAACACGUUAUAUCGUCUUUAGAUUUCAUGGCAAGCCAGGCGCCGGCUGGCGGUGCUGAUACGACACAGGAUUCAAUUCCGGCGCGGGGAUCUGACCCUAUCCGAGACCCGUCUCCUACACAAGAGUCGGACAUGAUCUCCUGGGCAACUUCGCCCGCGCCUGAGCCACCUCAACGCGUCGCUCAAAUCAACAUGAACCUUCCGCCAGAUUCCAGUAUGGAAAAUCGGACUAGCAAUUCGAGUGAACAGAAGAAGGCUCUUCCAUCAUCGCCUCCAGAGCCUGCUGGUGUUCAAGGGUCUGAUGAUGAGAUGGAGGUCGACGUACCACUUGGACUGGGUGAGGAGCUAUCUGUGGAUAUGUUCCGGUCCGGCCCACCUUCCGAGAUGGUGCAGGUCAAGGAAACACCGUAUACAAAGUGCAAAAAGAUAGCCCCUUCUUUAUCCCAGCCUGAACGCGAGCCAGGUGACCCGUACAAAGGCGCAUCGUCGCACUCUGUCGCCUGGGUGGCGGGUACAUAUAAUGACGCACAAUCCCCUGCAAACUUUUCAUCAAGAGAAGCUCGUCGAGACCCUGUUCCCGCGGAUACAGCAAUGGACAUGAUUAGCGUCAAUGAUAAAACUAUGAGAAUAGCGGAGGCAGACACAAGAUCCUCCUCAACAUCACAUAUGACAACAGGUUUCCGUGCCGAUCUAAAGCAUGAAGGUGGAAUUGAGGGUGGGAGGUCACUCUGCAAAUCUAAAGAAGUUAAAGCAACUGCGGCUAAGCCAGUUCAUGUUCUCAGAGAUGCACCACUGAGCGUAGGCGUCGCAUCCACGCAAGUGCAGGUUAUAGAGAUAGAUGAUAGCUCUAGCCCGCCAACGAAGCAUUCCCAACCGAAACGGAAGCUUGACCAUUCGCCCCCGUCUAAAAGAGGGAUUCGAGGCCCGAAGCGGCGAGAGAUUAAAGUUUCGCGGCGUGCAACUUGCUCCCCCGUAAGAGAUGUGGGAGCACGUUUGCGCGAAGAGAAGAGGAAAUCCCUCAUGAGCUUCAGGGAGCAAAGGCAGUUUGAAGCUACAGCUGCAAAUCUCCCACAAAGCACACGAAUGGUUACUUCUUUAGAUACAGAAGCAGGUGCCAACUCAAAAUACCCGCUCAUACUUGGAGAAGACGGUGAAAUCUCUACGUCGCCCCUUGAGCCAAGCUCAGUAGCCAGGAAUUCAUCGCGUCACAGAACACAGACCCAGAUGGCCCGUGGCAAAGAUGUCACGAACACCUCAUUCAUGAGCAUGCAAGGAAGAUUGGAAGAUAUCAAUAUCGAUAUGGACCUAUAUGAGUACCCAAAUCCUGAUCGUCCGCACGAAACCAAGCGGUCUUCCCCCCUGUAUAUGACCAUAGACGGCUCAAACGAUCCAGUCUCAGGCCACAAUAAUAUUCCGCACUCACUCUCGACAACUAGACAAUCAACAGCGCAAGGUAUGGACUCAGCAACAACGACCAUCUUUCACCAGUUCCAGGUCGCGUACCCUGGCUAUACUGGUGAUCACAAACACUUCUCCAACCUGUGUAAGAAGAUGAUAUCAUUGGAUGAAGACGACAGAAUGGUCCCCAAAUGGCUAUGGGAUGAUUACAUCAUUCGAAACAAGACUCAUUACAAGCCGUAUGCGGACCAGUGUCUCACUGACGGCGCGGAGCCUGAGCCGUACAUUCGUUACUACAAAGACCAUGUCUAUGAUACAAUGCACAAGAAAGGCAUAAUCAAGACCAAAGAAACGCUUCUUUCUGCUCUCGAAGAGUUACAAACACAGUCCAACUCCAUACGGAAUAGUCUACGCUCAUUCGAUGCUGGCUCGAAGCCUUCGGAGCCAAAGGAAGAGCUUCCGAGUGAACCAUCACGCUCUAGCAAUGGAAAUCUUGCUUCUGCCCAGCCUCGUUCCACUAGCAGUAUUGCAUCCCCGGCCCUGAACGAGUCUCCAAGUCAACUGAUCCGCAGUAGAAACCUGGAUCGCGAUAUGAUCUUGCCUCGUACAGCAAACAGUAUUGCAUGUGAAUCUAUUAACACACCGGUGUCGAGAGCGAAGGAACGCAUAGAAGAAGCCUCAAACUCGCCAGUCCCGAAGACCAAUCCUGAGAAAGAACCACGACGUCACUCGGAGUAUAGCCAAGACCCUGUCGAUACUCCACCGAGCAAUAGCAGCGCUACGCACAAGAAGAAACGGCGCACUCUACCCUCAGGAUGGGUGCCAGGGCUGAAGUCGACCGCAACAGCAUCCUCCACAUCAUCACCCACUCCUCGACCCAUCUCUAGGAUGGACGAGACUUUCCGUACAACCUCCCCCGUGAACCUCACAUCUAGCAUCAUGAAGAAACCAACGGAUAAACCCCGCGUAUCAUCUCUUUUCGACAACCACCCGACCACCUCAGAACAGCGCCCUCCUUACCAAUCUCUCCAAAGUCGCCCUCCCUUCGAAGCUUCUGCAUUUAAUCGCCUGUCAACCACAAAAGUAGGCUUAUCCUCGUCCUCCUAUGACCAAAAACGACCUCCGCAACUCCAUGGCAAGACAGGCGAUACGUUCCGUGACUUCGUUCUUGGUAUGGAAGGCGUGACCUCGUUUACGGGGAGCACUCAGAUUGAUCCCAUUAUGGAUUGGCCCGAUAACUUGUGCGUUCGGCCCUCAAUUGCUGAUGUGACAGGGAGGGGUUUUGCGAAGAAGAGAUACGAUGUCUUGGAGUGGGGAGAUGUACUAUGA